AUGGGCCUUGCAAAUGACCCAGGGUUCCAGAGAUCGAACAUUUGGGGAAAAACACUCUGCACAACACCUAAAACAUUUUGCAAACAAGGGGAUUACAAGAGCUGCUUACCCGUCAAGAGAUACUGCGAUUCGUCCAACCCUCCCUGCGAAGAUAAAGACGAACGCCUGUGCCAGAUGUUCAACGAUGGAAAACUUAUACCUUAUGAUGAGAUCGUGGUACGGUCGAACGUGUUUUUGGCCGAAAGGUCGGGUCAAGAGUUCCAUGAAAAGUUCAACGUUACAAUUGAACAUCCCGAUUGUCCUCACCUGUACACACGUGUUGGCGACCACUGCUUGUCAUUCUUUUUCUUUGGAUUGGUCAAUUGGGGAGAAGCUCGCUCUUUCUGCAAGAUGAAUGGCGGUGACCUUUUGACCUUUCAAGAUGGCGUCGGGAUCUUCUACGAAAUCGUCCGCCACCUCCGCGAGCACAAUAUCACCUUGGACUUCUGGGUUGGGGGAGCCAUAAGGAACAAGACAUGGACAUGGGUGGACGGUAACCCCAUUGAGCUGGGAACCCCCUACUGGUCUCUCAGAACGAACCCUGAUUGCCUGCAUCUCAACCAGACCGUCAUUUACGAGAAAACUUGUAAUCAGUACCUGCAACGACCUUUGACUCCCGUCGCAGGCAUGUGCGCCGCCCUUACUUUCGAAAACUUCUUCUUCAUGAGCGACGAAGACUGCCUAACGAAGAAGAGCCCUCUGUGCGUCGCGGAAAAGGAACCCACUACGCGGGUGUGAGGCGGCCUCAAGCAUUCCUGGUCUUCCAUGGAGUGCUGUUUACUUCUUUCCAUUUUUAAUGUUAUCCAAUUCGUUUCCUGGCACUGGCGACCGGGUUGCGAAUAGAAUCAAGUUCGUGUUGCGAUACUGCAUUUGUGACUGAUUGUUAUAUCAGCUGACUUCAAUAAGAAAUUUUAAAUAAU